AUGGGACGACACCAGCAGAGACUACCAACGUUCAACACAGCCAAGUCAACAUUGUACAGAGCUCGCCGGAAUCAGACGCCAUCACUUCUAAAGACAAUUGCUGACAUCAGACAGCAGGGGAAAUGGACUGAAACAGAAUUAGGUGACAUAUUUCAUUUCCUAGACGACACCUUCCAAAACAACAGGACAAUAGCCUUUGCCACGACAGAAAACCUUCAAGACCUUGCUGCAUCAGAGACCUUCUUCUGUAACAGGACAUUCUACACCUCCCCAAGCCUCUUCUACCAGAUAUACACCAUACACAUCCUGACUGAUGACGUGAUGACCCCCGUUGUUUAUGCCCUGUUACCAGGAAAAGGUCAAGCCAUUUAUACAAGAUUCUUCACCCUCCUUCGUGACUGCAUCAAUGACCUAGGGUUAAGAUUUUCCCCAACCAAUGCCCCAGCUAACUUUGAAACUGCUGUUCACAACUCCAUCAUAGAAGUUUUUCCAGGCAUCACCACCAAGAGAUGUUUCUUUCAUUACACCCAGGUAAUUUGUCGAAAGGUACAGCGUACAGGCUUGCAAAUUCCAUACAGAGACGUCGCCAACGUGAAGACAUUGGAUCGACGGACAGCAGUUCUCCCUCUUGUUCCACUAGACAGCAUGGAAGACGUUUGGUUUAGAGCCCUGGAAGACCGAGAUGAAGCCGACCUUACCGCGAUGACAUAG